CACUUCAUCCGAUUUAGCGCAAGGAGUCUCGGUCGUCAGGGCGCACAGGUGGGCGCGCUCUCCAUGGUGCCAGCAGCUCGGCCUGCGCUGCGCCUUUGCGCACACUAACCCAGUUUGGAAAGAAGUGGACCCAAAACGCACCGUUCCCUUCCUAAACUGCCCUCCUGUUUAGUUCUGAUUUGUCGGUCGGCAGCAUUUGAUUUGGAAAAAUGAAUUUGCACGGGCGGUAAUCUUUGGGAAGAGAGGAGGGGACAUGGGCGGGGCCGAGGCGCCUCUCGUUUCCCCUCCAUGCAUAGCGGGGCAGCAGGGCUGGAAAGAGCUCCGGGGAGCAAAGUCGCCCGUCCAGCACGGAGACCUGCCUGGCCAGAAGAACGCGCCUCACACUCACCAGGAUUGCCAAAUAUUCCUGAAAAAUAUACCUGCUAUUUAUGGCAUGUGGCUUGUAACUUUACUCCUGCUGUACUCUCUCCAGGAAGUACACAGUGAGGAUGUGGGCUCUACCAGGCUGUACUUUGUGAAUGCCUCCCUGCAGAAGAUAACCUACUCCAGCUCAGUGGGGGUGUCCCUGCCCUGUCCUGCAGGGGGCACCCCCAGUGCCAUUCUGCGCUGGUACCUGGCCACCGGCGACGACAUUUACGACGUGCCCCACAUCCGCCAUGUGCACGCCAACGGUACUCUCCAACUGUACCCUUUCUCGCCCUCCGCCUACAACAGCUACAUCCAUGACAACGACUACUUCUGCACCGCCGAAAACCAGGCGGGCAAAAUCCGCAGCCCCAACAUCCGCAUCAAAGCCGUUUUCAGGGAGCCCUACACUGUGCGGGUGUCGGACCAGCGCUCAUUGAGGGGCAACGUAGCUGUUUUCAAGUGCCUCAUCCCUGCUGCCGUGCAGGAGUACGUCAGCGUUGUAUCCUGGGAAAGAGACACUGUUUCCAUAGCUCCAGGUAACAGAUUCUCGCUGACCUCCUUUGGAGCUCUUUACAUCUCUGACGUUCAGAAAGAGGAUGCCCUCUCCACAUAUCGGUGCAUCACCAAGCAUAAGUACAGUGGCGAGACGCGGCAAAGCAAUGGAGCUAGGUUGUCAGUAAUGGACCCCAAUGAGUCCUCACCCACUAUCCUGGAUAGUUUCCAAGCAGGAGAAGUGCAUGCAGGCCAGAGCAUCGAGCUCCCCUGCAUAGCAGGUGGUUAUCCUACACCCACUGUGCGCUGGCUGAAAGAUGGUCGCCCGCUGCCUUCAGAUGCCCGCUGGACACGGCGCUUGACAGGGUUGACCAUCAGUGACCUGAGGCAGGAGGACAGCGGCAGCUACGCCUGCGAGGUCACCAACAGCUUUGGCUCCAAGGAGGUGUCUGGACAGCUUCACGUUAUCGAUCCUCUGCGGGUGACCUUGUCUCCGAAGAAUUUAAAAACGGGCAUCAGCAGCACACUGUUCUUCACGUGCACUGUGGAGGGCUCUCCAGAAUACACCAUCACCUGGUACAGGAACACAGAGCCCAUCGUCCCAGACCAGCACAUCUCCAUCCAGGGACAACACAACGACACUCUCCAGAUCACUGCUGCUCAGAAGUUCCACUCUGGAGCCUACCAGUGCUUUGCAUCCCGAAAGGGCCACACUGCUCAGGACUUUUCCAUUAUUUUACUAGAGGAUGGUACUCCUCGAAUUGUGUCUUCCUUCAGCGAGCGGGUGGUGAACCCCGGUGAGCCUUUCUCCCUCAUGUGUGCCGCCAAAGGAGCCCCGCCCCCUUCAAUCACUUGGACAUUGGACGAUGAGCCCGUGGUGCGAGAUUCCACCUACAAAACCAGCCAGUACACUUUGUCAGAUGGCCUGACGGUGUCGCACGUCAACGUCAGCAGCCCGCUCAUCCGGGAUGGAGGAGUGUAUCGUUGCGUCGCACGCAACUCGGCCGGUAGCGCCGAGUACCAAGCGCGCAUAAACGUAAGAGGUCCACCUCGAAUAAGACCCAUGCGAGAUAUCACUGCAGUGGCGGGCAGAAACACCUAUAUCACAUGCCGGGUGAUUGGGUACCCGUAUUAUUCCAUAAAGUGGUUGAAAGACGGCAUGCAGCUACCUGAUAAUCAUCGUCAAAUGGUGUUUGAGAAUGGCACCCUGAGGCUUACAGACGUGCAGAAGGGCGCUGACGAGGGGACGUACUUGUGUAGUGUUUUGAUCCAGCCCCAGGUCUCAAUUAACCAGACCGUCCACGUCACUGUCAAAGUGCCACCGCUCAUCCAGCCAUUCGAUAUCCCCUCUACCUCAGUGGGGAAGCUCAUGUACAUUGCCUGCGUGGUGUCUUCUGGGGACAUGCCCAUACGCAUCACUUGGCACAAAGACGGUCAGCUCAUCGUGCCAGGCUACGCCUCUGGCGUCGGAAUUGAGACCAAAGAGUUCAUGAGCUCCCUGCAGAUCUCCAAGGUGACACUGAAGCACAACGGGAACUACACCUGCAUCGCUAGCAACGCCGCCGCCACAGUCAGCUGGGAGAGGCAGCUGAUUGUUACUGUGCCACCACGUUUUGUGGUGCAGCCUAACAACCAGGACUGCAUAUAUGGAAAGGCCGGAGUCCUGAACUGCUCAGUAGAAGGUUAUCCACCUCCAAAAGUCAUGUGGAAACACGCUAAAGGAGUUGGAAACCCACAGCAAUACCAUCCAGUUCCACUCACUGGCCGCAUCCAGAUCAUGACAAAUGGCUCUUUGCUUAUUCGACAUGUUCUUGAGGAAGACAGAGGGUACUACCUCUGUCAGGCCUCUAAUGGUGUGGGCUCAGACAUCAGUAAAAGCAUGAUCCUCACUGUCAAGAUUCCUGCCAUGAUCACCAGCCACCCCAACACCACCAUGGCAAGAAAGGGCCAAACCAAGGAGCUGAACUGCACAGCACGAGGCGAGCAGCCUAUUAUUAUCCGCUGGGAGAGAGGGGACACAGUCAUUGAUGCAGAGAGAAACCCCCGGUACUCCAUCACCAUUAACAAGAAGGGUGAUGAAGUCAUCUCCACCCUAAAGUUGAAUCCAGCCGAACGGGGAGACUCCGUUUUCUUCUCCUGCCAUGCCAUAAACUCCUAUGGAGAAGGCCGAGGGCUCAUCCAGCUUACAGUACAAGAACCACCAGAUCCUCCUGAGCUGGAAGUCAGAGAGGUGAAGGACCGGAGCAUGAACCUGCGCUGGAUCCAAAGGUUUGAUGGCAACAGCAUCAUUACCAGUUAUGACAUUGAGUACAAGAACAAGUCAGACUCCUGGGACCACAUGUACACCACCAGGAACAUUUCUCCAACGAACAACCAAGCCAACAUCGUGGAGUUGCACCCUGCCUGUGUCUACAGCAUCCGCAUGUAUUCCUACAACAAGAUCGGACGAAGCUCACCAAGCAAAGAGCUCACCAUCAGUACAGAGGAAGCACCUCCUGACGGGCCACCAAUGGAUGUCAUCCUCCAACCAAUGACAUCUCAGAGCAUCAGAGUGACAUGGAGGGCGCCAAAGAAGGAGCUGCAGAACGGUGUGAUCCGAGGUUAUCAGAUCGGAUACAGAGAAAACGGCCCCGGUAGCAACGGCCAGUACAGCAUAGUGGAGAUGAAAGCUACGGGUGACAGUGAAGUGUACACUCUGGACAACCUAAAGAAGUUUGCUCAGUACGGGGUGGUGGUCCAGGCUUUCAACAGAGCCGGGACAGGCCCGUCCAGCACGGAGAUUAACGCCACCACGCUGGAAGACGUCCCCAGUGAGCCCCCCCAGAACGUGAGAGCCAUCUCAGUCACGUCGGACGAAGCGGUGAUCACGUGGUCUGAGCCUCCACGGCUGACGCUCCACGGCGUCCUGAAGGGCUACCGGGUCGUGUUUUGGUCCCUCUUCCCUGACGGAGGUGGGUGCUGUGGGGGCCCGGCCCAGUGGCCAAUGCAGAAAUGGGGCGAGAUGCAGAACAUCACCACCACGCGUGAGCAGGUGGAGCUGCGAGGGCUUGAGAAGUUCACCAACUACAGCGUGCAGGUGCUGGCCUACACACAGGCGGGGGACGGGGUCCGCAGCAACGUCCUGUACAUCCAGACCCGCGAGGACCUUCCCGGUCCACCAGCUGGCAUCAAGGCUGUUCCUUCGUCUCCGAACAGUGUGGUGGUAUCCUGGUUACCUCCUCUUAAGCCUAAUGGUGUCAUCCGCAAGUACACAAUCUACUGCUCCAGUCCCGGGUCUGGACAGCCUGCGCCCAGCGAGUAUGAGGCCAACCCAGAGAUGCUCUUCUAUCGCAUCACGCACCUCAGCCGGGGUAAACAAUACCACAUCUGGGCGGCCGCCGUGACAACUGCCGGCCGAGGCAACAUUAGCGCAAAGGUCACAGUGGAACCUGCUGGGAAAGUUCCAGCUAAGAUCCUGUCCUUUGGGGGCACAGUGACCACACCGUGGAUGAAGGAAGUGCGUCUGCCGUGCGCAUCGGUCGGAGAGCCCGCCCCCACCAUUAAAUGGACCAAAGAUAGCGAGGACUCAGCCAUUCCUGUGACAGCAGACAGCCAGAAACAGAUCCUAUCCAACGGCACUCUGGUGCUGCGCUCAGUCAAAGCCGAGGAUUCUGGGUAUUACACCUGUACUGCCACUAACACCCUGGGCUUUGACACCAUUAUAGUGAAUCUGGUGGUUCAAGUUCCUCCUGAUCAGCCUCGACUGACUGUAUCCACCACUUCCACCUCCUCCAUCACCUUGGCUUGGAUUCCUGGAGACAACGGAGGAAGCUCCAUUAGAGGGUUUGUGCUGCAGUAUUCUGUGGACAACACAGAGGAGUGGAGGGACGUGUUCAUCAGCUCCACGGAGCGCUCGUUCAGGCUGGACAAUCUCCGCUGUGGAACGUGGUACAAAGUCAAGCUGGCUGCCAAGAACAGCGUGGGCUCCGGACGCAUCAGCGAGAUCAUUGAGGCCAAGACUCACGGGAGAGAACCGGUGUUCAACAAGGACCAGCCGCUGCUCACUCACAUUAACUCCACCCAUGCGGGACUAAACCUGCAGGGUUGGACCAGCGGCGGCUGCCCCAUCACCGACCUGAUGCUGGACUUCAGGCCCAAAGGCACGUGGGCCUGGCAGAGCCUCAAAGCCAACUCCACCUCUCAGCUGUUCCUCAGUGAGCUCCGCGAGGCUACGUGGUACGAGCUGAAGAUGAAGGCCUGUAACAGCGCCGGCUGCGGAAACCAGACCUCCCAGUUUGCCACGACAGACUACGAUGGAAGUACCAUCCCUCCAAUUAAGUCUGCCCGUGGAGAGGGUGAUGACGUGAAGAAGCUGUUCUCCAUCGGCUCUCCUGUCAUUCUCGUUACCAUAGGCGUCGCUUUGCUUUUUAUUAUCCGCAAGAAACGUAAGGAGAAGAGGCUGAAACGGCUCAGAGAUGCUAAGAGUCUGGCUGAGAUGCUGAUCAGCAAGAACAACCGCAGCAUUGACACCCCCGUGAAGGGGCCCCCCCAGGGGCCGAGGCUCCAUAUAGACAUCCCACGAGUUCAGCUGCUCAUCGAAGACAAGGAGGGCAUCAAGCAGAUAGCAGGAGAGGACAAGGCGGCGGUGCCGGUGACGGACACGGAGUUCAGCCAAUCGGUGAAUCCGCAGAACUUCUGCACAGGCGUUUCUCUGCACCACCAGGCCCUCAUCCAGAACUCAGGGCCUCUGAUCGACAUGUCAGACAUCCGGCCUGGAACGAAUCCUGUGUCCAGAAAAAGCAUCAAGUCAGCUCACAGCUCCAGAAACAGAUAUUCCAGCCAGUGGACUCUCAGCCGGCCGACUCAGAGCCAUUCCACGGCCUCAGCACGAACCUUGACCUCCGACUGGCGGACAAUGGGCUCCCAUGGCAUCACGGCCACAGAGAGCGACAGCUACAGCGCCAGUCUUUCCCAAGAUACAGAUAAGGGGCGGAACAGCAUGGUGUCCACGGAGAGCGCCUCAUCCACCUACGAGGAGCUGGCGCGAGCCUACGAGCACGCCAAGCUAGAGGAGCACCUGCAGCACGCCAAGUUCACCAUCACAGAAUGUUUCAUCUCCGACAGCUCGUCCGACCAAAUGACCACGGGCACCAACGACCCGGCAGACAGCAUGACCUCCCUCAGCACGCCGUCUGAACCAGGCAUCUGCCGCUUUACCGCCUCGCCGCCCAAACCGCAGGACUAUGACCGCGGUAAGAACGUGGCAGUGCCCAUCCCCCACCGCGCCAACAAAAGUGAAUUCUGUAAUUUACCCCUCUACAUGAAGACAGACCCGUUUUUCCGAAAGCAAGGGGAGCUGCACGACCCGUGCCCGGCAGUACCGCCACGGGAAGCCUCGAUCCGCAGCCUGGCGCAGCGGGCGUAUCACACCCAGGGCCGCCACAAGACUCUAGACCCUUCCAAGCAGCAGACCCUGACGCUGGGCCAUUCUGGGCUGGGCAGUUUGGGCGCGAGCUCGGGCACUGCCACCUUACCACAGAGGACUCUCACCAUGCCCAGCUCCAACAACGCAGCGACAGCUUCCACCUCCAGCACGAGCAGCAACCCCUCCAACAGUAACAAGGUGGGGGGCUCCAGGGACUCGCUGCUGGAGAGUAGCUCCUCUGCACUGGGGAGACUGCAAAAACAGAGUGUGGGAGCCUACUCCAAGUCGUACACACUUGUGUAGACCGUCCUCCUGCACAGACUGCUGCUUCAGCCGGCUCAUCCGACGAGUCUGGGCCAGAAUGGGCCUUCUUUCUUGAAACCAAACUGAUGGUGACCUGCCCCGAGCUUUCCUUGGGAGAGGCACUCCCACCACAGAGACCCAGCUAACCCUUCUUUUCAUACUCACAUGGGACUCUUUCUAACUAACUCCUACUAACAGUUCCAGCAGGCUGGCGCUCAGCUCCACUCACUUCUUGCAGGAGAGGCCCGGCAAACUAAAGCAGGAAGGGAUUUCUGCUGUCAUUUGGGAAAUACAGAUUAUAUUUGAGGACCUUCUGUGUUCAUGAUGAAGACUACAGUAUGAAGCUGUCAUCAUGUUUCUCAUAAACACACACACGCGCUGUCCUCCAUGCUUCAUUAUUAUCGAUUUGCAAGACUUCAAGUUUAGUUCUCUAAUUCUCGCUGUCUGUCGACUUCUCUGUGUCUCUUUGAGUCCAAAACUAUCGUUCUCUUUUCACAAUGACUCCAAAAGAUUCUCCACAGUGCAGCAGAACGGUGUCGUCACUGAAACCAUUCCAACCGAACCAGCCGUAGUUUCUCAUACGACAAACAGAGAAUAUUUGGUAUGAUAAAGAUAUAUAUUUCUAUGUAGGUAUAUUAUUGACAUGUACGUGAAAUGAUGAGGAAAAUUAUAAAUUUUAUGUACUACAAUAGUGUGGUAGCAUAUGCAGCAAUUUACUGUUAAUGUUCAAAUUUUAAGGAGACAAUCGCUCAAUGAUUAGAAUUUAAAACAGAGAAAUUUUAAAAAGCAGAAAUAUAAAUACGGGAUAUUCUGUUGUAUGUUGAGAGAAUAGCCGAACAGCGCGUCCCUGGGUUGGACGGUUGUAUGAGUUGUGAGUGUUUUGGUUGUACUGACUCUAGUUAGGCCUGCGUUGGAGAGCAUGGCCUCACUUUCAAAGUUUUAUCUCAGAUCAAAGCCGAUUCUCAGAGGAUCCCCUGCUGCAGUGGUCGCCUAUGUUGAGCCGCCCUCGGUUAGUGUCAGUGACUGUAUAUGGAGAGCUGGACUGAGCAGGUGUGAUGUCAUCCAUUCAAAAAAUGCCUUACUUCCUGCUUCAGUGAAAUAAAGCCAAUUCAGUCCCCAUGUCGGAGCCAGAUGACAGUGAUUGGUCUGAGUUUCUAUGGCAACUACUGGAAGGCCACACCCCUUCCACUGAAAGUAGGCUUAAGGAGAAUCUGUCAAUUUGGUCAGUUUAUUAACUUGUGUUAAAGGAAAAUAUGAAAAAAAAAUAGGAUUUGCAUGAAGAUGUUAAGAAAAAUGUAUCAGGGAAAGAAUAAUUAGUGUCAAAUGAAGUCUUUGGGAUUUAGGCUUCUUGGAACCAGCAGGUACUUCCAGUUUGGAACGCGAGGGCGGCACUCAGUCCAGUUCUCUAUAUACAGUCAAUGGUUAGUAUUAGUGAACUGUGCCACAAGCCAACCUUUGGGACAAAGGGUCAACUAUUUGAAGGAAUGCCAAUCAUGAUGUGAAUGGAGGUAAAAUAUGGAGAGAUGUUAUAUGUCAGGGAGUUCACUUUAAAAAAAAUGCUAUAACGUUGACUGAAUUGAUAUCUUUAUUAUCGUCCUGUCUGAAGUACUGUAAAUGUCCCGACUCUCUAUCUCCAUAGCCCUUUGAGCUGUUGUACACUGACACAAAAACCUAUUGGAAUGGCUGCUUUUGAAGCAUCCCAUCAUAGUGUUUUGUGAUUUGUAUUUUUUUUAUCCAUUUGAUUGUUUCUUUUUUGGGGGGUGGGGAGAGGAGGAUCUGUUAGUUUCUUCCUUUAUAACGAUUUGUAAAGGGAGGCGUUUUAUUUUCAGAGCUCUGAGGCCUGUAUUGUUCCACUGAGUGAAAUCAGGCUCGUAGCUCUCCGGGCCAUCAAACCUUCUACUGUACUGUGUAUAUACUGGAAUGGAACCUGAAGAAUUUCGGCUUCUGUCGCUGUCCCACAUUCAGCCAAACUAAAAAAUAAAAAGUCACCUCCUAAUCAUAGCAGACCCAUCAUCUGUACCUACAUCAGUGUUGUUUAUAGAUUAAGCUUUGUACAUAAAACACAGUUUUGUAUGAAGAGCUAUUUUCGUCAGAAUAAACCGGGGGGACGCGUCAGGGUCGAAUGUGUCCCACUUUCCAAUUUCAAACCGGCAUCAAAAUUGAAAUAUUAAAACAACGUUUUUCUUUCCCCUUAUGUUUUGAUACAAAUUUGUUGAAUUUUUAUUCUGUUUUUUUUAAGUCGUUUGAUGUUGUCAUUUGUCCUGUUUACUUUUUUUAUUCUAAUUCUUUUGUAUUUUACUCAUCCACAGUCAUUGCAUGCCUGCUAAAAGGGAAAUUUUGAUGGAAAAAGAUGUCUGAAAAUCAAAAACAACAAAAAAACUAAAAAAAAAAAAAAAAAAAAAAUCAACAACAAUGUUGAGGGUAUCCCAAACAUUUCUUUGAGUUGCUUGUUACAGCAAUUGCUUGUGUUCAAAGGUACAUUUUCUAUGAAAAGAAAGCAAAGACUAAAAAGUUCAUUCUAACACCUUGUGCAAUAAAGCUAUCUUUCAUAAA